GGGUGUUCUGUGGUGCUUGAAAAGGAAGACUCCGCUCAAUCGGCCAGCUCCUUAGAGCAAAGCGAACGGACACCGCGCGGCCAACCUGAACUGUCAGCUGUAGCAGGACUCCUCUGCUGAGUACCAACCAGCUCGACAGAGACACCCGGAAGGCACGAAAGUCAAUUUGAGAGAGCAGCAUGAACCGCUUUAAGACCUCCAAAUUCAAAAACACCACUCCGAAAAUUGCCAAGAAAGAUGGAUGGAUCAACAACGUCCGAGCCGGUUCCUUCUCCUGCCAGGGGAACCACAUCAAAGCCAGCUCCAAGCUGGUGGCCUUCAACACCGAGCAGGCUGGUGGAGGUAUGCUGGGCCUGUCCUCAGUCAAACCUGGUUCAGAUGGUCAAUGGACAGUCACCCAGAUUUCCUGCCAUUCUGAUCUGGUGACUGAUAUGGACUUUUCUCCUUUUGAUGAAAGUCUCCUGGCAACAUGCUCUGGAGAUGAAACGGUGAAGCUGUGGCGUUUGUGUGAUCCAGAGGUGCAGCAGCACAGCAGUCCGGAGCUGACGCUGUAUCCUGGUCAGGGCAGGCUGGAGCUGGUGCUUUUCCACCCCACUUCCUCUGGCUUGCUGGCCGUCGGUGCCACCAAUUCCCCCAUGAUUUGGGACACCGGCCGCCAGGAUGCACCAUUAGCAGUUCUGGAGCAGCACAGUGACCAGCUGCAGAGUCUGAGCUGGAAACAGGACGGCUCCCUGCUGGCUUCCUCCUGCAAGGACAAGAUGCUGCGAGUGUUCGACCCCAGGGCCCAGCUGACACCUGUUCAGAGCGCCAAGAGCCUUCAGAGCAACAAGGAUUCAAGGAUCCUGUGGACCAAAGACGACUUUUUAGUCACCACCGGCUUUGAUAUGAUGCGCAGUCGGGAGGUGAGGCUUUGGGACAGGAGAAAGCUGAGCUCCUCACUCAGCUCAGUGUCACUUGGCACUUCCAGCGGAUCGCUGAUCCCUCUGUUUGACGAUGACACUGGUCUGCUCGUACUGGCUGGCAUGGGAGACACCGUGGUUGAUUGCUUUGAAGUGUCUACCUCUGAGCCUUUUCUCUCGCAAGUGAGCCACUGUCUGACAGACACCUCGACACGAGGAGCUGCCAUGGUGCCCAAGCUGGCGAUGGAUGUCAUGUCCUGCGAAGUGAUGUGCGUGCUACAGCUGACAGACAGCUGCAUUGUGCCAAUCAGCUAUCAGGUCCCUCGUAAGCAUUCAGGCCACGAGUUUCAUGAAGACCUUUACCCGGAUACGGUGGGCACAACUCCAGCCAUGUCUGCUGAGGAGUGGUGGCAGGGAGGGAACAAGCAGGUGGAGAGGGUCAGCCUCCACCCAGACAAGCAGCCCAAACUGAAGGCUCCACCCGCAAAGCAGACGCCUGCAAAGAAGGAGCUGGCGAGUGGGGGGAGCAAGGAGGAUCCGGCUCAUGGCUGCUCUACCUCCAGCAGUCCUCUGAGCACCCCCAGCAGCAGCGCUGCCCCGUCCCGCUCUCCCUCCUCCACCUCCGGCCUCUCCUCGGGCUUCCUCCCCAGCCCAAGUCCCAGCCAAAGCGCCAAGGCCAUCCACAGCCUGCUGGGGCAAACCUCCAAGUUCCGCCACAUCCAGGGUGCAGUGAUGCACCGGGACACACACAUCACCAACCUGCGUGGCCUCAACCUGACUACACCAGGCGAGUGUGACGGCUUCUGUGUCAACCCCCAGCGUGUGGCAGUGCCGCUCGCCAUCUCCGGGGGCCAGAUCGGCGUCUUUGAGCGCUCUCAGCCUGGCAGACUACCGGACACAGCCCUGCCCACCAUCCAGAACUCUGUAAAUGUGGUCGACUUCUCUUGGGACCCCUUUGACACACACCGGCUUGCUGUGGCUGGUGACGAUGCAAAGAUCCGGGUGUGGCAGGUACCAGAGGGAGGCCUGAAAGAGACCCUGACUGAGCCUGAGUUCAUCUUGCAAGGCCACACGGAGAAGAUUUACUCCAUCAAGUUCCACCCUCUGGCCAGCGGCCUGCUGGUGUCUUCAUCCUACGAUUUCACAGUCAGACUGUGGAACCUGGACAGCCAAGAUCAGGUCAAAGUGCUCACUGGACACGAGGACCAGGUCUUCGGCAUGGCGUGGAGCCCAGAUGGCAAGCUCCUGGCCACUGUGUGCAAAGAUGGGAAAGUUCGCAUCUAUGACCCCCGCAAGUCCACUGAACCAGUGCAGGAGGGCCCAGGUCCUGAGGGCCACAGGGGAGCUCGUGCAGUGUGGGUGUGUGAGGGAAAGUUCCUGUUGGUGUCAGGAUUUGACAGUCGCAGUGAGAGAGGACUCUACCUGUACUCUGCUGACUCCCUGUCCUCUGGAGCCAUAGCCAGCGCCCUCGUGGACAUCUCCCCCUCUACCCUCAUCCCUUUUUACGACCCCGACACCAGUGUGAUCAUCCUCACUGGAAAAGGUGAUACCAGGGUGCACAUUUAUGAGAUCAUUCCUGAUGCUCCGCACUUUAUUGAGUGCAGCAGUUUUAACUCUCCUGAGCCACAUAAGGGCUUGGCCUUCCUGCCCAAGACAGAGUGCAAUGUGCGCGAAGUGGAGAUAGCUGUGGGACUGAUGCUCAGCAAGACGACCAUCGAGCCAGUGGCCUUCAGAGUGCCACGGGUGAAGAAAGAGUUUUUCCAGGACGACGUGUACACAGACACAGCAGUGUGUUGGGAACCGGCGCUGACCGCCUCCGCCUGGCUGUCUGGCUCCAACGGCCAACACAAAAAGAUCAGCCUGAAGCCUAAAGACAUGACGCCAGUGAGUGAGGCCCCCAAAGAGGCUCCAGUGAGGAAAUACCUGCCCUCGUCUGUUUACCUGGAGGAGAAGACUGAUGAGCAGAAGAAAGAGGAGCUGCUCAGCGCCAUGGUGGCUAAGUUGGGGAACAUGGACGACCCCCUGCCGCAGGAGUCCUUUGAGGGGGUCGACGAGGACGAGUGGGAUGACUAGAGGGGACAUCAUCUUGCCUUUGGUUCAAUCACGGUGCCAACAGCAGGGAGGAGAGAGCAGAUCAAAUGUCAAGCUGCCACUUCGAUGGCGGCCACCACGACCUCCAAGCUUCAUCAGCUAACAUCUCACCUUCUGCGCACACAACGAAUUCUGCACAAUGUGAACGUAUGAAUGAUCUGGGGAAAAUCAAAUGUCAUGUUGUCGAGUUGGUGUUCAUCAUGUCAGACUGCAUGAAAUUUGAUAUGAAAAUGGUGUAAUUAUUAGGUGUUUCAGAAAUCAUUCUGGGAUAAAUCUGACGUGGUCGUUGCUUUUUUAUAUUAAUGUAAACUGCAAAAGGAUGUCACACUAUUCGUGAUAUGAAAAAAAUCCCACUAUACAAGAUGAUACGACAGUAGCUGCCACAUAUAUAUCAAACAUGUUUCUGGUAAGUCUAAGUCAGUACGUGUUACGUAUAUUUAUUUGUCUAAUAGAUAAACAAAAUAAACAGAAUGUCAAGUGUCUCUCGUUCACUGAACUAAGAUAAGCUUAAUUGCCUUCUUAACUGACCUGAAAAAGACACUUAAUUCAAAAAUGACAAACAAAAUGAAACUCACCAAAGCCGUCUUGGUCAGCCUUUGGUAUCAAUUAGUCAUUAAUGCCUCUUUGUUCCACUGGGUUAGCACGCUGAAUAGAGUCUGUCGCUGGGCAGCGGCUCUCACUUGUUAUUCAGAGGCAGACCAUGAAAUUAGCACAAUAAAAUGACAAAUAUUGCCCCGGAAAAAAUCACCCAACAAACCAACUAGCAAGGGGCCCAGCUAAUCGCUGAUAAACUUUUAUAUUCAUCCUAUUUCCCAAACUUAUUUACCAGUUACACUUAUGGCAAAUAACUGUUGUAGCUGCUGUCUGUGGUAUGUGUCCAUGGUUUAAGCAUGAUAAUGAUAAUGGUCUCCUCUUGUGCCCAGUCUGUUAUAUUCCACUCUCCAGGCACCAGGUUGUGUACCAUUGCAUACAAAGUGAAUAUCUGUGUGCACAUUUACCUCCACAGUGGACCACUGCUUGCUUUUCUACUGGCCAGUCAUGUGAGCACACUCAGUCACAAUGUGUCUUUGUCUUUGCUGCAAAAAGAAAAAAGAAAAAAAGAAAAGAAGAGGUUAAUGAUCACAUUGAAUAAGUGAACAUCAUGCAUCUGAUAACAGAAACCUUGGUCUUCCUGUUUGGUCAGGUAAAACACGCGCACACACACGCACACACACACACACACGAUUACUGUAACACGUUCAAGCCUUCAGCAGCAAAAACCACACCGAGGAUGCAACAGGGUCGCCAGUGCUCAUGUUUGGCCAUGAACUGGAAUUUCUAAUGACAACAAUAUUAAGUUCGCUUUUCUUUGUUAGCCAAUGAUAGAAUGAGACGCCAUUUUAACUUGAUUAUGUGUUAAUGUAUGUGUACACAUCUGAUUUGAUUUUGCCAUCCAGUGGACAUAUAAUAGUCUUACAAGUAGGGGUUAAAGGUCAGUUAAGCCAAACCAGAGGGGCCUUUGUGUACUCUGAGAUGAUUGUUUCCUUUCUUUUCUUGUUUGCUGGGCAGUUUUUAAUCAUGAUCUUUGUUGGUUUUCAGACUGUUUUGGGGAUAUUCCUCACAUAAAUGAGCUAAUUUUCUUAUCUAAUGUUUACUAGUAAUAAGUAAUCAUGGUGUUAAUUACACAAUAACAGUACAGUAUUACUAACUUACAACACAGCCAUAACAGCCAUCAGUAAUUUACCAAUCAGGGCUACAGCAAUAUCCAUAACAAUAAUUCAGGCUUGAACCCACCAAGUUUGUUUACAACCUCUGAUGGACUGAAAUAAACCAUCAAUUCAGCCGUGCAUGGUCGUGCACGUCACGUUGUACAAAUGAACUGCAGGUGUCGUCAGUGUUUGUGCGAUGUAUUUUGUAUGUGCUUGUGAUUCUCAACCGCCAUACUUUGUAAAGUUUGGGUUGGACUAACUUGCCUUCCAUUGUGUUAAAAAAAAAAAAAACUUCCUUUUUAUACAGUGAGUAAAGCAUUGUUGGUUUUUCUGUCUUAUUUGAGUAAUGGUUUGUGGAUUUUUUUCAAUACAGUCUUGCAAUAAACACCUUUUGAACCCAG